AUGGUUUCCGUUAGGAAAAGAAAGAUGGCCCGCUCGUCGGUCAAGAAGAACACGAGGCGCACGAAGGAUAAACAGAGAGCGCCAAAAAUUGCCCAUCAUCCUGUGCUCAGGGCCAAGUGGGAUAAGAACCUCACACUUAAGCAGAACUAUGAGAAGCUAGGCCUCACGUCUCGGUUGAGCAAAUACAAUGGUGGGCAAGAAAGCUCGGUCAAGACAAUUAGCGAGUACAGGAAAGAACAGGAGGAGCAUGUGGCUCCUGAGGAUGUGGCAGUAGAGACCGACCCACUGAAAAUUCCCGAAGGAGAAGCUAGAUUAAUUCGUGACCCAGAGACUAACGAGGUGGUCCAGGUGAUCUACGGAACGAUGAAGAUAAAGAAGGAAGAAGGGAAACCAAAAACAGAGUCUGGAAUCGUGGAAGAGCUUAUAGAGUACGAAGAGCAGCAUGCGAAGAAAAAGAAACCUCUCACUCCAAAGGAAGAAGAGGCAGACAUGCUAGAAGCACUAUAUGAGAAGUACGACGACGACUACGAGAAGAUGAAGUGGGACAAAAAACUUAACCCGUUGUUCCUCUCUGUAGGUCAGUUGAAGAAGAAGAUCGCUGUGUGGAAGAAGGCUAACGGGGUUGAGUAA